AUGGCGGGGGACACUGAGCGCAGGCCCUUGCUGGGCCAGCGUUCCCACUCGUCAUCAACAAACAGUCAGCUCGGCGAUGCUGCUCAUGGCCCAACUCGCGAGACAAGAGGCCAAAACAUCAUCAUAUUGAUGCUCUGCAUCAUCUUGUUCUUCGCAAGCUGGGCGAAUGGCUUCACCCAAAUUCCUCUCUUGCGCCUGGUGGAGGACAGAAUUUGCCAUGAAUACUAUGACAUGUCCAUGUCACCUCUUGAGCCCAUCGAUGAGAAUCUUUGCAAGGGAGAAUGGAUCCAGAGCCGCCUGGCUUUCAUUCUGAGCAUCAGUUCUGCCAUCGGAGCCUUGUCAGGUUUUCUCGCAGCAUUUCCCUGGGGUGCUGCGGCUGACCGCAUCGGCCGCAAGCCAAUUCUUACCCUUGCCUUGACUGGAAUGGCCCUCGAGGUUGUUUGGGAUAUUCUUGUCAUCUGGUUUCACAAUAUGCCUAUCAAGCUUAUAUGGCUUGGAGGAGUUUUGAAUAUUGUGGGCGGCGGGAACGCGAUCAUUAUUGGCAUGAUUUUCAGCAUAGCCACCGAUGCGACGACUGAUGAGGAGAGGCAAGUUUGCAAUAUACAUCUAGAGCCCGCAGAAUUUCUACUGACUUGUGCUCAGAGCCGUGGCCUUUUUGCGCCUUCACGUAGCAGGGAUGGCAGGAUCUGGAUUGGGGUAUCGUUGCUUAUCUUUGGGAGUGUUGCAAUAUACGCUGUUCCCAACCCUCCCAAACCGUCACACUCGCCCUCGCAUGACGAACAAGAAUCAGACUCGGAUGAUGAGGAUCCGGUGAACCGGAAGAGGGUAUCCAAAUUACUGAAGAUGAUAUCUCUUCCCAUAACGCCUUCUCUACUUAUAUUCUUCUUACUCACCUUUCUCUCAAUACCGGUGGCGUUGGCUACACAAAUGUUCAUGUCCCAGUAUGUCUCGAAACGAUAUCACAUCAAGCUGUCAAGUACGGGGUACAUUCAGUCAACAUUUGGCGUUGGGCACAUCAUACAGGCCUUUAUUAUUCUCCCUUUGGUGUCUCACCUUUUGACAUCAACAACCACGCCGGCCAUAUUCCGGGUCAAGGACGAGAAACUGAGAGAUGUUGUUUUACUUCGGGGUUCUUUCGUCUUUCUUAUUGUCGGACUCAUCGUGGUCGGUUUGGCAACGGACCUAAUUGGCUUCAUGUUCGGUCUGGUCGUGUUGGUGCUCGGUUCGGGGUACGCCAGCCUCUUGAAGAGCCUAAUGAGCCUGUAUGCCGACGCCAAGCAUCGAUCCAGGCUCUUCAGUCUCAUUGGCAUGGUAGAAGUACUGGCGCGCGUUUACUCAGAACCGGCCCUUGCUGGACUCUACUCGCUUGGGCUACGUCACGGAGGUGGUUGGAUUGGCAUCCCGUAUUUUGGGGUGGCACUUUUUAUCGCAGUUUGUCUUGCUUUGCUUUCAUUUGUAGAAUUGCCAAAAUCAAAUGAGGCUGUGACUGAUUAG